AUGGGCAAGCAGCACGAAGAAGGCGAUGAGCCCAGCACUUGCAUUUCUGCUGCUGCUGCAACAACAGCAACAGCAGCAGCUCACAGUGGGCUGCGGCGCCGCAGGCCGCCUCAGGAACCGGCCUCAGGGGAAAGAGGCAGAGGAGGGGCUUCUGAGUUUCGUUUAAAGCAAAAGGAAGCUGGCAGUGAUGAUGAUGAUGAUGGGGGUAUUGAAUUGACGGCUGCACAGACAGCGAAGGAGACGGAAGCUGCAGCAGACACAGACAGAAGAAGAGAAGAUGCAGGAGAGGAGUCCGCAAGCAAAGCUAGCAAAAGCAGCACCCUGUCUAACCACCAACAGAAGCAGCAGCCGGAGCAGCAGAAACAGCAACAGCAGCAGCAGCCCGAGAAGGAGCAACAGCAGCAACAACAGCAGCAGCCGGAGCAGCAGCAGCAGCAGCAGCAGCGGCCGGGUGCUCGUUUGUUUAUAGAGUUGACUCCGAAGAUUAAGGAGUUCAUUGAGCGUCGCGUCCCUCAGAAGCAGCGCAGGGACCUCAUACUAAACGAGACUAUAGAGUUGGAUGUGCUGCAGCAGCUGGUAAAAGCAGCAAAUGCAAAGGCAGGAAAGACAGAGGAGAGGGUUUUAAUGAGCGAUCUUGUUGAAGGGUCUCACCUCGUUGGGCGUAUUGAUCCUCCUCCUGUUUGUUUAAAUUCGCUGAGUUUUAAAGAAAGGCUGAGAUUAGAAGCAGACGAACGCAGACAUCAGGCUGCCCUCCGCAGCCAUGGGGGUAAAUGCACUCCUUGGCAUUUUCUUAACCUUCCUCGGAGGUUACUGGGCAGCACUGUACAGCGGCGUCAGUUCGUUUCAAACGGUGAGGAAGGGGGGGCCGAGGGGGAGGCGCAGCAGCAAACCGCUGCACUCUAG